AUGGCGGCGUCCGUGGCCACCUCCCCGGCCUGCACCCGGCUCAUCCCCAGCAGCCCCCUCUCCGCCUCGGCUUACACGGCCGCGCCGUCCCUCGUUCGCCUGGCGGGGUCCUCCAGGCGCCUCCGCCGGGCCCUGCGCGUCUCGGCCGCGGCGGAGCCGGCCGACGCGCUGCCGGGGCCCGGGGCCGGCGAUCUGGACGGGGUGGUGCCGGCGGGGCUGCUCGAGGAGCUGCCGGAGGGCCUCGCCUUCCAGGGCGACGUGGGCGGGGGGUUCGCCCCCGGCGGCGGCGGCGACGACGGCAACAAGAUGCUCGACCGCGGCAUCAACGCCGCCAUCGUGCUCGGCGCCAGCACCUACGCGCUCACCAAGCUCCUCACCGUCGACCAGGACUACUGGCAUGGGUGGACUAUCUUUGAGAUCCUGCGGUACAUGCCGGAGCACAACUGGUCGGCGUACGAGGAGGCCCUCAAGGCCAACCCGGUUCUUGCCAAGAUGAUGAUCAGUGGCGUCGUCUAUUCCCUCGGCGACUGGAUAGCCCAGUGUUACGAAGGGAAGCCCAUCUUCGAGUUUGACCGCACUCGUAUGUUCAGGUCUGGCCUCGUAGGGUUCACCCUCCAUGGAUCCCUUUCGCACUACUACUACCAUUUCUGCGAGUCGUUGUUCCCGUUCAAGGAUUGGUGGGCUGUGCCUGUCAAGGUUGCGUUUGAUCAGACGGCUUGGUCUGCGCUGUGGAACAGCAUCUACUUCGUCGCCCUGGGCUUCCUUCGCUGGGAAUCUCCGUCCACCAUAUACAAAGAGCUCAAGGCCACCUUCUUCCCCAUGCUUACUGCUGGGUGGAAACUGUGGCCAUUUGCACACUUAAUCACAUACGGUGUGGUUCCUAUCGAACAAAGACUUCUCUGGGUCGACUGUGUCGAAUUAAUCUGGGUCACUAUCUUGUCAACUUACUCGAACGAGAAAUCUGAAGCAAGGAUCUUAGACGAUUCCUCCACAACAGACACGCAGGACAACAACUUCAGAUAG